CAUGCUGGAUUUGAGCCUAAUCUUCAUCUAUCUAAUCUUAUCUCAAUUUCCAUUCGUUUGCAUCGGUAAGCCUCCUACGAGGGAAUAUUCGUUGGACUUGUGUCGCACAACUAAUUGGACAGCAACGCAAAAUUUGUCGUCUUCCGGUAGCCUCCUAUUCUCAAGCCAUCUGCCGUGUCGAACGAAAUUAGUGGGAUGCGAUGAUUGUAGAUUUAUCGUUCAAGUUGUCAGACUAAAAAACGUGACAAAGAACGAGGAGUGUUCGGGAAAGAAAUGUACAAAAAACUGUAACGGCCUUAUUAUAUAUGAAGAUUACUACCCUUAUACCUCAAAUUUUGUUGCCAAAGAGAAAUUUGCUAAAUUUGAAACGAUAUCGAAUAGAUUAACGAUAGAAUCAUGCGUCUCAUCGGGAUUUCCUUUCGAGACGGAACUAAAAUACUCCGUCUAUAAAAAGGAGUAUUUAUAUGGUGAUAAAGAGGCGUUAAAUACCUUAAUAACGUCCCCAAAUUUUCCCCUUGGUUAUGCUCUUUCUUCCGAGAUCUACACGUAUAAAAUUGAAAGCUCAAAUGCAAAUCUGAAUACAAGGAUCGAGUUCGUUGACUGGGAGUUAUAUUAUACCUCUAAAGUAGCCAUUUACAAUACUUUUAAAAGUGAACCUCUAUUAAAGCUAGUUGGUUCAAGGCAUAGGCCUCUUUUGCAAGUAAACUCUAAUUCUGUUACCAUAAUAUUCGUACCAGACCAGAGUGUCGUUAAUUUGGCGUCAGAUAUUGGUUUUGGGUUUCGAUAUUACUUUACUGAAGAGGAUCAAUGGAUAAAACAACCCUCGACAGAUUGUGGUCGCGCUUUCAAAUAUAAUCCGGCAGCCGAAUUGAAAUUUGAACCUCGUGAAGAUGGGUUUUAUUCCUGCUACUGGCUUUUUCAUAAUCUGACAUCUAGGCAUUCGGUUUCUGUGCGCUUGACUAGUAUGUCUACUUCUAAAAGCAGUAACGCAACCAUAAACAUAAAGUCAGGUAUACUGAGCUAUUCAAAUCUGAUAGCUCAACUAGAACCUAAACGUAUCAUUCUUGAUCGUUUACCAAGUUUCAAUUCUACUAAAGGUCUAAGAUUAGAAUUAGAUGGUUUUGUUAAUCAUAAUGAUUACUUUGAAGCAGUUUUUGUUGGUUUCGACUAUGUAGAUUCUAAGGGCCAAUGUCACAGGCAAGGAGAUAUAUUAUGUAAGAAGCAGUCAAUUUGUGUUGAUAGGCACUUAAAGUGCGAUGGAAUUUGGCAUUGUUCGGACGGCUCAGACGAAAUUGAGUGUGAAGAGCGAGAAGGAGCUAUUAAUGAAGAUGAAGAUAAAGAUGAAGAAGAGGACGAAGAAGAAACUAAAUCAUUUAGUCACAAGACCACUGUUGAUUUGCAGGGUAAACACAAACCUCCAUAUAGAACCCUGGAUGAAUGGCGCAGAAGACAAAUCAGAAUACCUACAUCCCCUACUGUUCGAAAUAAGACAAAUAAUUUGUCCAUCAUUAUACCGUCUGUUCUAGGGACCUUUUGCCUACUUUUGUCAUGUAUUGUUGCUGUUUGCCUUAUUAGGGCCAAUCGGUUUAGUCGGUUGGUUAACAAAUCUGCUUUGCUUGGUGCAGGAACUGUAUCAACAGUUUGCGCACAUGCUCGUUUACGAAUGUGUAGGCGGCCUCUAUCUGAAUGUUCCUCGGGUGGAACAUCAUUGGCAUGCAGUCAAUCGACCCUAGCAUCGACUCUCACAGAUAGAAGCAGCGAUCAACCGAGGAAUCCAGUGAUUUCUGAAUGUUUAACAACACUCCGGGUACCAUCCAGCUGCUGUGGCUGUGGCCGUAUUCAAACGGUUAAGAGGCCUGCAAGGAGGCCGAGAACCCCUCCGGCCUCUGGCACACUGCCAAAUUUACGGACUAUUAAUGAGUAUUACUGCAAUGAAGAAGAUGAUGAAGGUCUGGAAGAGGAAAGCGAUGCCUUAUUGCGUUAUGGUAAAGAAAUAGAAGUGGACAGCGUCUAA